AUGGAUUUCGUCAACACAACGAACGGCCCGCGGGCCUCUGCCAACAGCCUCGGGCAGGUCGUUUUCCCGUACGAACAGAUCAUCCUCGCGUCGCUCACUGGUUUCCUCAUCAUACUCUUGUCUUUCCGCCUGAUUCCCUCAUCCUCGGUCACCAUCAAAGACGAUACAGGCCGCGCAAUCAAAACAAUUCAGUCCGAUUCUCGAGUGGCCAAGUUUAUUGACAGGUUCGUUCUGGACGCCAGUAAGCCCAGCAAAUUUGUGACUUUCGAGCUGGUGGCAUAUCAGUUGUAUGGUGAACCAUUCAACGACGAGCUAUACAAGGAGCUGCUUGAGAUCAACAGUCUGCACGAGGUUGUGUUACACGAUGUCAUUCUGAACAAUGGUUUGACCACCAAGGUUGGGAGUUGGCUCAACAGGGCUGCGGCCAGACGAAUGACAGAGUACAACAUGGUGUGGAAGGCAUACAACAUGAAGAUCAUAAAUCGAGCACGCAAGACGAACUGUUCUUGCCCCGUGGAGAGGAUGUUCCGCGGCGUCGAGCAUGGGGAGCUAAAAUUAACCGAGUUUUUACAUACACUCGAUGAAGUCCUUUUCGCCAAUGUUGAGGUCAGCGCCGCUGUACUCAACACACUCCUGACCAACCUUGCAGCCAAUCAGGACUUCCAGUCACGGUUGCGAGACGAAGUCACUUCGUGGGCCGCCGAGGAAUCUGGCAACUUGGAAACUUUCCUCAGCAAGCAGGACACCCUCCUCAAUUUCGCUGUCAUGGAGAGCAUGCGUCUUUCUCCCGCAUUUUCCUUCUCUCUCCCAGAGUGCACCUCCACCGACAAGAAUAUCGGCGGCUACAAAGUGCCUGGAAACACGGCAGUCGUGAUUGAUGCACGCAGGCUGAACACGGAUCCCGAUAGCUGGGGUACAGACAGCGGCGAAUUCAGGCCCGAGAGGUUUCGGCAGGUGCCACUGAGCAGGUGCCGCUAUAGUUACAUGCGGUUCGGCACCGGCGGCGCCAGCGGUCGGUGUCUGGGCAAGAACGUGGCUGACAUUGUCUUCAAACUCACCGUCAUGGAGGUCUUGAAGCGCUUCUCUCUUUGCAGGCCGCACGCACUAGCCGUUAAUGAUGUUGAGUUUGCUGCUCUGGAGGACUAG